ACUGACGCACUACAUCUCAUGUCGGAACGUUUUUUGUCUAUUCGUUUCGUAUCCGCACGCACGCACACCGGAUCAAUCACGCACGCACGCCACUGCCGGUCUCUGCGUGUGCCAACCUUUGACCGGAGCGCUUAAUUUGUGUGUAUAAAUAGCGCCAAUAAAAAGAGACACCCGUGCCAAAUGGUAGUAGGAAUACUCCUCUCUCUAUUCGCAUCCAUGUCGUCCGCGGUGCAGGCUUUCCGCGAGCGCACCUUCGUUAUCGUCAAGCCGGACGGUGUGCAGAGGGGCCUGAUCGGCAGAGUAGUCAGCCGGUUUGAGAAGAAUGGCUUCAAAUUAGUGGCUAUGAAGUUCCUUCAGGCAACCGAAGAAACAUUGAAAAAGCACUACGAGGAGCUCGCUGAACGUCCGUUUUUCCCCGCCCUCAUACAGUACAUGCAGAUGGGUCCUAUCGUGAUCAUGGUAUGGGAAGGCAAAGACAUUGUCAAAAGGGCACGAGAUAUCAUAGGUGCCACUGAUCCACUCAAGUCGAGCCCUGGUACCAUACGAGGCGACUAUGGAAUAGCAACUGGAAGGAAUGUUGUUCACGGCAGCGACUCCUUGGACAGCUCGAAGAGGGAAAUCAACUUGUGGUUUAGUAGGGCUGAGGUCAUCCCUUGGCAGCAAGAGUUGGAUGACUGGCUGAACAAAGAGAACUGAAGCGUAGUUACAGUGGCACUAACCAUUUACCUCCCACAUAUGAGCUCUGACCCUACGAUCAUGGGAUCGAGUCGUGACCACUGCAGCCGCUUUUUCAAUGAAGCUGAUAUGCUAGGGGCCCAUGUUCUUAGAUUUAGGCAUACGUUAAAGAGUGCAAGGUGAUGAAAAUUUCUGGAGCCCUCCACUGCGGUGUCUCUCAUAACCAUAUUGUAAUUUUAGGAUGUAAAACCCAGAACAAUUAUCAUUAUUGUUAACCUACACACGACCUCAGCACAUCCACCAAUUCUGUAUGCAUGCGAAACAAGACACAUUUAGGAGUUGAAACUACACUAUUUGUGGCAAGCAAACCAAGUCAUGCUCCGGUGAAUCAGAUAUCACGCUAGUGGCUGACAAGGAAAUUGAAGCUGUUUUCGAUACAAAGGGAGCUUUUCAUGGUGUUGGUCUCGUUGGGCUGCAUGCUACUGUGGAAUCUGCCUGUUUCGGUUUCUAUUGUUUGUUUUGAUACAUCUGCCGGAAGGUGCCCACAGUGCAUUUGCCUCUGUUGUCAUGCACUACAUUUUUUACAUUACCUGGUCAGUCGUGCACAUGAUCAUGGGAGUUUCACCUCCUAUAUAGUCUUGCUCCAUGACCGUGGAUCAGCUGAGCUCGCCCAUGGUUAACUCUUUCAUGCACAGAUGGUGCAGCUUUACCCUAAUAGUAGCAUUUUACACGACAAUUAUAAGAGGCAAUCUGAGUGAAA